AGGGCCUAAAGGAGGAGACAGGCUUGCCAGGACUCAAGCUGUGCAUCAUGAGCAAUCAAGAGAAUGUGUCUGCUGUCACUGUCCCGAGUAAUGUCCGUGUCAUCCAGCCUACAUAUGCUGUGGUCUCUGGAAGACAGGAACAGCCUUUGGCAAAGACCACCACCUACCCAGCCUCAGCAACAGUGCUCCAGUAUAACUCAGAGAAUGCAAACUUCCAGAACCCACAUAUUGUGAUCCAGAAUCCAGCUGCAAUGACAGGCCUGCAGGCUAGGUCCACUGGACUACAGUAUCCAGCAGGAAUGGCUGGUGUGCAGACUCCCCCAGGAGUAAUCCAGUACUCACCAGAAACAACAAGUGUCCAGAUCCUGCCUGGAGACCCUCAGAGUCUCCUAAAUACUGUCCCCGGGCCAACACAGACCUCAAGCCAUCCCCAGUGGAACAUGUCUUUUAUGUCCUUUCAUGAAUUUAAUCCCAAGAAAUUCAUAAAUGAAGAGGUCAGAACAUUAGGGGCCAUCCAGAUCCUCAUUGGCCUAUUUCAUAUCUUCUCUGCAGUCAAUCCUCAACUCUACAGGAGUUCUCUUUUGCUGGGGUUAUCAGGGUACCUGAUCUGGGGAGGUCUGUCUGUGAACAGCAGCAUUGGUAUGAAUGUCGUCAGUUCCAUCCUCUCCUUGACUGGUAUCAUUAUUAUCAUCAUAGAUUUGUGUGUUUACAACUCCAGUAACAAUUUUCUGAUGAGUUCUAUGAAGGCAAUCUCUGGUAGUCUCCUCCCCUUCGCACUCCUGGAAUUCAUCCUCACCUGUGUGGUCUCACAUUUUGGAUGCCAGGCUGUCUGCUGGACCCAUUUUGAGAACAUGACGAUCCCAACCAUGUUUGGUGGCAACACAGUCAACACGACCACUGGACCUGUCGACACCACCAGCCCAAACAGUGCCACCAACAUCCCAGGCCAGGCCGCCCUCCCCAGUGAAGUUCCCCCUGAACAGUUAUACCAAGAAGUAGAUCAUGCCCAGAAAUAAUUGACAGAAUAGCUGACAGAAUGCCCAUUUUGAUGACAUUCCACAGGAAGAGCUGCUACAACAGUGUCUUUGAUUUAUGAUGAAACACCUGUGACCUUGACCUUGGCAUUACC